UGGUCGAAAGAUAAAGACCCUAGGACGAACAAUUAAAUAUGUAACGUAAUAUAAUUAGUUUUAAAUGAAAUUAUUAAAUAAUUAUUCAGUGGUAAAAACAAAACAUUAAUGAAAAAUUUGCAAUUUUACCAAAAGGCAGGAGAUGAAUCAUUAUGUCAAGUCUCGAGAUCUAGAUUCUAAACGCCCUAACCUGUACGAGUGUUUUUAUUUUUGUUGUCUAGGUUUUCUAUAUUUUAAAAGAGAUUUGUGAAACAAAUAUGGGUAAGAAGAAAAAUAAGAAUAAGCUGAGCGGUGCUGUGAAAACCGCCGCAAAAACUGAGAAAAAGUUGGCCAACAAACUGAAAAAAGAACUCGCAAACUUAGGCGAGGAGGAUAUAGCAAAAGUAAUAGCUCAGAUUGAGCGCGAGGAAGCGAAGAGAGCGGCAGCGACAGACAAGACACUGCCAGGGCCUCCGUCCCCACGAGCAUAUGCCUCCCUGACUUCACACCCCACAAACAAUGAACUUAUUAUGUUUGGUGGAGAGUACCAUAAUGGGCAGAAGACAGAGACAUAUAAUGAGUUGUUAUUCUACAACCCCGCUAACAACACAUGGCGGCAGUGAGGCGCCGCGCCGCCGCCACGCAGCGCUCACCAGGCGGUCGCCACACCAGCCAAUAAAGGAGAACUAUGGGUGUUUGGUGGAGAGUUCACAAGCCCAUCAGAGACACAGUUUUACCACUACAAAGAUCUUUGGUGCUUCUCACUAGCUGAGAAGAAAUGGGAAAAGGUGGUAGCCCCCAAUGGCCCAUCUCCACGCUCUGGUCACCGCAUGGUGCUCCUCGGGCGCAAGUUGUUCGUGUUCGGCGGCUACGCGGACGACGGCCGCGAGUGUAAAUACUUUGACGACGUGUACACAUUCUGCCUUGACACUCGCGUAUGGACUAAACUCGCGGCCAGUGGGAGAGGACCCUGUGCUAGGUCAGCAUGUGUCACUGUUCCGGCUGGGAAUGACUCGUUGAUAGUGUACGGUGGUUUCUCCCGCGUGCGGGAAGGCAAGACCGAGCGCACACACACACACACGGAUCUCUUCCGGCUGAGCGAGCGGACGGGCGGCGGCUGGACGUGGCGCAGUCUCACAGGUGGCGCCUUCGCCCCCCCGGCCAGGGCCGGACACGCCGCCGCUGUCAAUGUGCACAGUAAUAAGGCGUAUGUCUUCGGUGGAGUUAGUGAUGUGGAGGAGACAGAAGAGGAGCUCCGAGGCGAGAUGAGCGACGAGCUACUCCUGCUGGACUUGGAGACAGGCAAAUGGCACAAUGUGCCAUUGCGCAGCGAACAAACCAAGCAGAUGGAAGAAGUUAAAGAGCCAGUGGAAACUGUAGAAGAUGAUACAAAGGAGACUGUUACAGUGGUAACAGACGAAGUAUUCACCAUGAAGCUGGGCGGCGCCCCGGUCAGUACAGGGUUGGCGGUAGGUGCAACUCCGGUGGGUAUCGUCCCCCGAACGGGGCCCACUGCUCGUAUGUCCGCCAUGAUGGCGGUGCAGCGAUCCGUACUAUACGUGUAUGGUGGAGUGUUGGAAAAGGACGAUAAACAAUUCUAUCUUGGAGAUAUGUAUAGUUUAGAUCUGCACAAACUAAGCGAAUGGAAAACGAUAAUAGAGCAGCCGCCGUUGCCGAACUGGCUCGGAUCCAGCUCUGAAGACGAGGACGAUGAUGGUUCCGAAGAUGAUUCUGACAGCAGCGACGAGUCAGACUAAUCUACAAUCAACUCUAUUGCUUUAGUGUAAGAGAUGACUAUUGAAUGUGUAUAAGUUAGUACAUAAGAAACAAAUGAAAUACAAAAUAUUUCUAGGAUAAUCUAACAUUCAGCUGUAUUUUUAUAAAAAUGGUGAAGAUUCUUAACAGCACAUUUACCACUUGUUGGUGCUCCAUUCAGCAAAAGGGCACGCUAACUGUACUUUUAGGAGCUAUCUGUUCGAAAUAUAUAAUACAUAUAGAAAAAAAAACAUAUUUCAGUAAUAUGUUAUCCUUACUUUGGUUUUGUGUAAAUUUUAUAAUAUGGAUAUAAUGUGGAUGUUGUUUAACGUCAUUCAUAAUGAAAAUGGCAUAUUUUUUUUAUAAGAAAUUGUUCCUAAAUCUAUAUAUUGCCGCCGGUAACUUGUGCGCCGUAAAUGUGUGGAACGUAUGCUCAAGACCGCUUGCUCGUGAGAGGCCCUUUAGUGAAGCAACGUGCCCAUUGUCCAGAGGUCAGUUUUGGGUAUUGUUGUACAAGUCAAUGCAACGCAUUCGUACUAGUGCAUUUACAUUAUUUUAAACAUACUUUGACUUCUGAAUUUAUUUUAAGUUUAUAUUAUUUUCUAUACAAAAUAAAAGUACCGAAUAUGAAAGAUUUUUUAUCAAAUAGUUUUAUUAUUUAUAAUAAUGUAAAAUAAUGAAGAAAGAUUCCAUGUUCCCAAAACUAGUAAUUAGGAUGUUCCGAAAUGCUUAAAUCUCAAAUAUUGGCUGUCUCAUAAAAAACACGGUUUCAUAGAAAUGUUAAACAAAAUCCACUUUAUACAGAAAAUAAAUAAUACAAGGGUAAAAUUUUU